CAACCCCGAUGGGGUGCCAUUAAUUGCUUCCAUCUUGCUUCCCCGACGUACUAGCGACGCCGCUGUACUGAUAUAAAGGCAGCAGUAAUAAUCUUCUUUCUUCAAUCCACUUUGUCGCUCAUUUUUCCCUUUCAAAAGUUUUAACACCACCCUACAAACAUGUUCGCUCUUUCUGUCCCUCUCGUCUCUCUCCUCGCAUUCGUCGUAGGAACCAGUGCUGUACCCACCCUAUCCGCUCGUGACAACAGCACUUGCAGUUCGGGUGCACAGUGCGACACCGGCACUGUCUCAUGCUGUGAAACCACAUAUGACUACGACAGCCCAUCGUUGAACGCGAUCACAAGCGUACUGAACAUCGCCCUUGACUCCAUGGAGGGCUCCAAGGUUGGAAUGGGCUGCAGUUCCAUCAGCGUCAUUGGCGCUGGUAGCGGCGCGGUGUGUAACCAGGAGCCUGUCUGCUGCAGUGGCAACACAUACUACGGCCUCAUCAACAUUGGGUGCUCACCGAUCAACAUUUACCUGUAAUUGUGAUACCAGAAUCCCU